UAGCCUAAUAAAGUCAAUGUGACGAGGCGCUGAGAACAGCGGGUUUAUGUUCAAGGGAACUACUUUACUGAACCGGUUAUCUGUUACUAAUUAUCAUUUCAUUUGAACUUGUGACAACCUAAUAAAUAAAUGUAGUACAAUUAAUGUAUUAGUAGGUUGCUCGCUGUAUGGGUUCAUCAGACGGACUGUCCCAGUUUUUGUGCUAAGUGUCCAGUGGAGCCUAUGAGAGAGACUUUGCACUGGAAUGAGGCUAGAAUGGGAACGUGUUUAGAACGGAAAGUCCCAAUGCUGCUCAUCGUAAUUGUUGCUUAGAACAGUGGCAGAGGCAUGGCCCUGCAGGCAUCUCCAUUUCCUAAUGGGUUUGUUGCCGGCAUCCAUGCUGUGGGAUGGGCACUCAUCCUACCUUGCUUCUGGUUUCUCGAUCGCCUCAUUGCUCUGUGCAAGUCUACCACCCUGGAAAAAACCCAGCGACUAGAGCAAGAAUGCUACCUCCACCCCCUCAAGGUCUUCUUCGGCUUCAUCGUCUUCUUCAUUCUUUUUCUUGCUACAGCCCCCUUGGCUUUCCUGGGAUUUAUUCUCUGGGUACCUCUUCAGGCCUGCCGCAGGCCCUUUCAUUACCAUAGAGAGACGCCAUCCUCACCCGAGAAGGAGACGCACAGGGGAUUUGAGCUGGAAGGAAAGGCAUCAUUUGGAUUUGCCACAGCCAACCUAUGUCUCCUGCCUGACAGCCUUGCUCGUUUUAACAACCUGGGGCACACUCAACACAGGGCUGCUGCCAUUGGUCAACACAUUGUACAGGGUGUGUGUCGAACCCAUAUCCGUAUCUUUGUGGACUCCCCCAGCAGCUGUGGUACUCUCAGCCCCUCCAACAGCAUAUUCCCCACAGCUAACUCCUCUACAUAUGGGGCUACUGAAAGGCAAGCACAGCCCCCAGUGAGUCAUAAUUCUGAUUCAGCUGAAGUGCAUGCUUCAAUCCCUAAGUCCAAUAGUCACGUGGUCUCUGUGCCCUGUGAUGAUACAGAAGAGCCCUCGACUGAUUCACCUUCUCAUUUCAAUUCCAAUCAAAACUCCAACCAGCAGGGUCGAGCAGGUCAAAGGAGUGCUCCCCGAGCUUUGCUCUCCCAGGGUCUCCGUCAGCAAGACGAUGUGCCCUGGGAAGUGUCGUCAUUGUUCCCAGCCAAUGUGGACAUACUGUGCCUAGAAGAGGUGUUUGAUAAGAGGGCGGCACAGAAGCUCACUCAAGCACUAAGACCCGCGUUUGGACACAUACUGUAUGACAUAGGUGUUUAUGCCUGCCAGCCACCAUGCAGAUGUUCCUCUUUCAAGUUCUUCAACAGUGGCAUAUUCCUAGCCAGCCGGUUCCCUGUACUUGAGGCUCAGUACCACUGCUUCCCCAACAGCCGUGGGGAAGACGCACUGGCUGCCAAGGGCCUUCUUUCUGCUAAGGUACUAAUAGGGCAGAAUCAGAAACGAAAGAAAGUGGUUGGCUAUUUUAACUGCACCCAUCUUCAUGCACCAGAGGGGGAAGGAGAAAUUCGCUGUGAGCAAUUGAACAUGGUUACCAAGUGGAUUGGCGAUUUUCAAGCUGCCAACAAACUGCCUGAUGAGGACAUUGCUUUUGAUGUGCUCUGUGGAGAUCUCAACUUUGACAACUGCUCACCAGAUGACACCCUGGAACAGAAUCACUGUCUGUUUGAGGAAUACAGAGAUCCUUGCAGGGCAGGGCCUGGAAAAGAGAAGCCCUGGGUCAUUGGUACUCUGCUGGAGCAGCCCACGUUAUAUGAAGAUGACAUAAACACCCCAGAAAAUCUGCAAAGAACUUUGGAGAGCGAAGAGCUAAGAAAGCAGUACAUCUCCCCCCCUGUUCCUGUUCCUGCAGAGGAUUGCCCAUUGGUUUACCCUGAGACUGGCCAGCCGUGGAUCGGACGUCGGAUCGACUACAUCCUAUACCGCGAAAGCUCAAUUUCGAAGCACUUCCGAACAGAAAUUGAAGAGGUGACCUUUAUAACUCAGCUGGCUGGCCUUACGGACCAUAUUCCUGUCGGCUUGAGACUGAACGUUAUUAUGGACUCUGACUGUGAUGAUUAAUGAUGACUACGGUGAACACAGAGCCACUUGGGAACAAAGGGAACAAAAUAUUCAAAAAUGGGCAUUUCUCUGAUCUAUACAGGCACAACAAUAUUUUGUUUACAUACUAGAAUUUGUGGUUUCUAUGACAAUGUGUUGACCAAUUAGAUUAUUCCUCAUGUGGAUUUAUUGAAAUGUUACAAUGUUUACAAUUUUAUACAUUUGAGAACAGAGGUAUUGAUUUUGUAAAACAACCUAUUUUUUGGAUUUUUGAUUAAGAUGCUUUUCCUACAGAAAUAUAUGUAAAUAUUUAAUUGCA